GAAGCAUGGCUGCCGCUUCUCAACGUUGGGCUCCUUGUUGUGGCAUUUCUUCGUUGCGCAAGGCCAGGAACGAUGCAAGGCCAAGCGUGAGAAUGGCGGUCCAGCACAAGCCAUUGGGUCACUUGGCAUCGACGAGAAAGAGCUCUCGGGGAAGCUUGGAGUUUUCCAAGUACCAAGGUCUGGGAAACGACUUUGUUCUUGUGGAUAAUCGCGAGUCUCCCGAACCAAAACUCUCCAAAGAAGAUGCCGUAAGGAUUUGCAACCGAAACUUUGGAGUCGGGAGCGAUGGAGUCAUUCUCGUCAUGCCUGGCGUCCAUGGCUGUGACUACACAAUGCAUAUCUAUAACCCCGACGGCAGCCAACCAGAGAUGUGUGGCAAUGGGAUUCGUUGUAUGGCUCGAUUCAUAGGAGAACUCGAGGGAAGAACAAUAACGAGCAAUCGAAGUUAUAAAAUACACACAGGAGCUGGGACUAUCAUUCCAACGUUGAAAGAGGACGGCCAGGUGCUAGUAGACAUGGGAAUACCGAUUCUCAAUGGAAACAGGAUUCCAACUUUGCUGCCCGGGCAUUUUGAUGGAACUGUCAUCCAAAAGCCACUCGAGGUGGACGGCAAGACGUGGCUUGUGACUUGUGUGAGCAUGGGAAAUCCACACUGCGUAACCUUUGGAGAAGAACACGAAGAGCAUUUGUUUGAUCUUAGUACUUUGCCCCUGGAGAAGAUCGGCCCCCUGUUUGAAAACCAUGAAAAGUUUCCCCAGAAAACAAAUGCAGAGUUUGUGGAAGUGAUCUCUCUUUCUCAUUUAAAAGUUCGAGUGUGGGAGAGAGGCGCAGGGAUCACCUUGGCUUGUGGAACGGGUGCUUGUGCUGCCUUUGUGGCCGCUGUGCUGGAAGGAAGAGCUAAAAAGAACUGCAUUGUGGAUUUGCCCGGGGGCAAAUUGGAAGUGGAAUGGAGAGCGUCGGAUCACCACGUCUACAUGAGUGGGCCUGCUGAGCAUGUCUUUACGGGCACUCUGGUCUUGUAAUAUUUUAAUUAGCGACAUUGUGUUUAAGCUUGACUGCAAAACCUAAAGGAAAGGUUGUUCACACACAAUAUUAA